UCUCGCACGCGCAUCAUUGCAUGGCUGAGCUUCCCUUCCUUCCUGCUCCCCCUGCCUCCCUCCUCCCACUACUCGCCACUCCACUGUCCACUCCCCCUCAGUCGCUACGCUCAUCAUCACCACCCUCCCCCUCGCGGCGCCUGCCUGAGAGGAGACGAGAAACUUCACACCGCCUGCAAUGCUGCUGCUGCCGCCGCCGCCGCCGCAUUGCCCCACCCUCUCCGCCGCCGCCACCUGCUAAAUCUCCUCUUGCAAUCGCGCAGCCUAUGCCGCCGCGUCCCCGCCCGAGCCCCAAAUCCAUGGCCGCCAAAUGCGCACUCCUGCUCCCACUCCUCCUCCUCCUGUCGCGCGCCGCCGCCGCCGCGGCAGCCGCGCCGUGCCACCCGGACGACCUCCGCGCGCUGCGGGCCUUCGCCGGGAACCUCACGGGCACCGGCGGCGCCGGCCUCCGCGCCGCGUGGUCCCCCUCCUCCUCCUCCCCCGCCGCCGCCGCGUGCUGCGCCUGGGACGGCGUGUCCUGCGACGCCGGCGGCCGCGUCGCGUCCCUGCGCCUCCCCGCGCGCGGCCUCGCGGGGCCCCUCACGGCGGCGCCGCUCGCGGGCCUCGCGCGCCUGCGGGACAUCGACCUCAGCCGCAACGCGCUCGAGGGGCCCGUCUCCGCGGUCCUCGCCGCCGUGCCCCCCGGAAUCCGCGCCGCCAACCUCUCCUCCAACCUGCUCGACGGCGCGCUGCCGGACCUCGCCGCGCUCCCGGCGCUCGAUGCCCUCGACGCCAGCAACAACUCCAUCUCCGGCGCGCUCGCGCCCGACCUCUGCGCCGGCGCGCCGGCGCUGCGGUUGCUCGACCUCUCCGCCAACCGCCUCGCCGGCGCGCUCCCGUCCUCCGGCAACGCCACCCCGCCGCCCUGCGCCGCCACGCUCAGGGAUCUCUCACUGGCCUCCAAUGCCUUCACGGGCGCCCUCCCCGCGGCGCUCUUCGACCUCACCGGCCUGCAAAGGCUCUCCCUCGCGUCCAAUGGGCUCACCGGGCAGGUGAGCUCUCGCCUCGGCGACCUCAAAAACCUCACCUUUCUGGAUUUCUCCGGCAACCGCUUCUCCGGCCACCUCCCGGACGUGUUCGGCGACCUCGCGUCCCUGGAGAAUUUGGCCGCCCACUCCAAUGGCUUCUCCGGACAGCUACCGCCGUCGCUGUCUCUGAUGUCAUCCCUCCGUGUGCUCGAUCUCCGGAACAAUUCCCUGUCUGGUCCAAUUGCUCGCGUCAACUUCUCUGGAAUGCCGCUCCUUGCUUCCGUUGACCUUGCUACAAACCAUCUAAAUGGUACACUCCCUGUCAGCCUAGCCGGCUGCCAGGAGCUCAAGUCGCUCAGCCUUGCCAAGAACAGGCUGACCGGCCAAUUGCCCCAGGAUUACAGCCGCCUCGCUUCACUGUCCAUGCUGUCACUCUCCAACAACAGCCUGCACAACAUAUCAGGGGCGCUCACCGUGCUCGGUGCCUGCAAGAACCUCACCACGCUGAUUCUCACCAAGAAUUUCAUCGGUGAGGAGCUACCGGGUGAUGGCGUUCGUGGGUUUGACAGCAUGGAAGUGCUGGCCCUUGGUGAUUGUGCUCUUAUGGGAAGGGUUCCAGAAUGGCUGACUCAGUGCACGAAACUGGAGGUGCUUGAUCUGUCCUGGAACCAAUUGGUUGGCACCAUCCCGUCUUGGAUUGGCGACUUUGAGUACUUGAGCUACUUGGAUCUCUCAAACAAUACCUUGGUCGGUGGGAUACCCAAGAGCUUGACACAGCUGAAGAGCCUUGUCACUUCCAGGCAGUCACCGGGUAUGGCGUUUACUAGCAUGCCGCUGUAUGUGAAGCACAACAGGAGCACAAGUGGUCGGCAAUACAACCAGCUCUCCAACUUCCCGCCAUCAUUGUUUCUAAAUGACAACGGCCUGAACGGGACUAUCUGGCCUGAGUUUGGAAACUUGAGGGAGCUACAUGUGCUGGAUCUGAGCAACAAUUUCAUAUCUGGGAGCAUUCCUGAUGCAUUGUCCAGGAUGGAGAAUUUGGAGGUUCUUGAUCUUUCAUCCAAUAAUCUCAGUGGAUCAAUUCCAUCGUCCCUGACAGAGCUCACCUUCUUGUCAAAGUUCAGUGUGGCUCACAAUCACUUGGUGGGGCAGAUCCCAAAUGGAGGGCAGUUCCUCACCUUCUCCAACUCAAGUUUUGAGGGUAACCCUGGUUUGUGCAGGUCAGGUUCUUGCAACCUAAAUAUGUCUGUGGAAACUCCUAAUGGCAAGGAGGUACAGCCUGCAGGAAGCAUGAGGAACAGGAAAAACAAAAUACUCGGGGUCGCUAUCUGCAUUGGAUUGGCCCUUGCAGUAUUUUUAGCUGUUAUUUUGGUCAACAUGUCAAAGAGGGAGGUCAGCGCUAUUGAUUAUGAAGAAACUGAGGGUUCCUGUCACGAAUUGUAUGAUUCCUACUCGAAGCCGGUGCUAUUCUUUCAGAAUUCUGCAGUGAAGGAGCUAACUGUCAGUGACCUCGUCAGAUCAACAAACAACUUUGAUCAAGCCAACAUAAUAGGAUGUGGUGGGUUUGGUCUGGUGUACAAGGCCUAUCUCCCUGAUGGGACAAAGGCAGCAGUGAAGAGGCUCUCUGGUGACUGCGGGCAGAUGGAGAGGGAGUUCCGUGCUGAGGUGGAAGCACUGUCACAAGCUCAACACAAAAAUCUUGUAACCCUGAGAGGGUACUGCCGCUAUGGAAAUGAUAGGCUUCUGAUCUACUCUUACAUGGAGAAUGGUAGCCUGGACUACUGGCUUCACGAGAGGUCAGAUGGUGGUUACAUGCUGAAAUGGGAGUCAAGGCUCCGGAUUGCUCAGGGUUCAGCCAGAGGGCUGGCUUACUUGCACAAGGUUUGUGAGCCCAACAUCAUCCACAGAGAUGUGAAGUCCAGCAACAUUCUUCUGAAUGAAAAUUUCGAAGCAUGCCUAGCUGAUUUCGGGCUUGCAAGGCUAAUACAGCCCUAUGACACACAUGUGACUACCGAUCUAGUAGGUACCUUGGGGUACAUACCACCGGAGUACAGUCAAUCGGUGAUCGCCACGCCUAAAGGAGAUGUCUUCAGCUUUGGUGUAGUCUUGCUUGAACUGCUCACUGGCAAACGCCCUGUGGAUGUGUCCAAGUCCAAGGGAUCCAGGGACUUGAUCUCUUGGGUUCUUCAGAUGAAGUCUGAAAAGAAGGAAGAUCAGAUUUUCGACAGACUGAUAUGGAGCAAAGCGCAUGAGAAGCAACUGCUGUUGGUCCUUGAGAUUGCGUGCAAGUGCAUUAGCCCAGAUCCUCGACAGCGGCCGUCAAUUGAACAAGUCGUCAGCAGUCUUGACAAUGUGUGAUCAUUGUCAUAUCGUGUUGAUUGCCAGUUCCUUCUUUUUUUGAUUAAAUUAAAGGCUAGGAGUUACUGACAUGAGAGAUAAACAGAGUAGAAAGCAAUCUGAGUACAUUUGGAUAAUGCAGGUGCAGACCAUUAGGUGUACAUAGGUGUGGUGUCAUGGCAUUAUAUAGCGGACCAGAAUUAAAUUGGGUCUUGUUUUUUAUUUUCAGUAACUCAGUGUUAUGUGAAAAUAUAAAUUCCCACAUCAAUGUUCUUGCAGCAAUAUUAAUGUGUCAUAUUUUAUCA